AUGGCUUCAUCAAUUUUGGCAUCAAGAGAAAAACUCAAGGGUCGCGAAAAUUACUCAUCUUGGAAAUUUUCAAUGCAGAAUUAUUUAGCGUUGGAAGAUCUGGAUGGUUGCUUAACGGGCGUUGAGGCGAGUGAAAAGAAAAAUGCAAAGGCAAAGGCAGCAAUUGCAUUGAGUGUCGAUAAAGUUGUUUUUGUCCACAUUCAGUCGGCUUCUUCGGCAAAGGAGAUUUGGGAAAAUUUGCAGUCGACUUUCGAAGACAAAGGGGCUAUUCGUCGUGUCACGUUAACGCGAAAAAUUGUCAACACGAAAUUGGACAGUUGUGAGUCAAUGGAUGUUUAUGUUAGUGAAAUAAUUUCGACAGCACAAAAGUUAAAUGAAGUGGGUUUUGAAGUACCAGACGAAUGGCUCGCCAUCUUCCUAUUGUCUGGUCUGACUGAUGAUUACAUGCCGAUGAUAAUGGCUAUGGAGGGAAGCGAUAAAAAAUUAUCAAGUGAUAAUGUGAAGACCAAAUUGGUACAAGAAUCUACGCGCGCAUCUACGACUGGUGAAAAGGCAUUUUUUACAAGAAAAGCGAAUUCGUUUCGCAAAAGAAGCGGCAUUGUUUGUUACACUUGUAGGCAAAAAGGACACAAAUUUGUGGAUUGUGCCAAUAAAUCAAAGAAAAAUGUUAAUAAAAACUUUCAAAAGACUACUAAAUCUGACAAGGGACCGGUAGCGUUCAGUGCCGUCUUUUUGAGUGGGAAUUUCGACAAAGGCGAUUGGUAUAUCGACUCAGCAGCAACGCGAAAUAUGAUCAUGAGAAGUGAUUGGGUUGUUGGAUUAAAAAAAUUUGGUUGA